UGUCUUCGUUUUCCAUACGUUCUAGUUCGAAGAGGAAGAAGAAGGAUUUGUCAAGACAAUAUCCAUUGAUCUCUUCCCCCUUGGGUGAACAUGUGUGGACACCAUUCCAUCAACAUCCAAUCCAUUCGAAAGCAUGAAUCUUGAAAUUAUUCAUGCAUGUUCUUCAUGGAAGCCUUUUAAGACCACGCUCGGUCAAAUGGGGGAAACGAGAAGAGUCUGCUGGAGGAUGACGACUGAUGAGCUGCCCCUCGUCGUCGUCUUCAUUGGACCGGGCCGACCUGGCUUGCCUUGUGGAUCAAGCUGCAUCCCGUCUGCUGAAUGCGCUCUAGAAAAAGCCCCUUUCGUCGCUCCGACUCCAAAAUUCAUCGUCACCCCCAAAUCAAGAUCCUGCUUUCGUCGAUCUCCAGUGAUCGAUCAAUCAUCUUCAACACGACCCAGACCCAAAUCCUCCGAUCGAAUCAUACCCAUCUCCGAUUCGACCGAAUUUGAAUCCGCCACCAUGUUCGCCGCCGAUCCCAAUCGAAACCUGACCUCCUCACCAGUCGCCACUAAGUUCUUCUUGUUCUUGCUGUUUCUGCUUCAUCCGCAUCUUCAGCUCGCGCAUGCCAAGAAGCCCCACGCCAUCGCCUUCCGAUCUCCGGCCCUCUACCCGGAAGCCAUGGCCUGGGACCCGUCGGCCCAGCACUUCCUCGUCGGCUCCCUCCGGAGCCGCUCCAUCCACACCGUCUCCGACGCCGGCGUCGUCGAGGGCCUCAUCCACGACGACUCCCUGCCCCCCAACUCCACCAUCCUCGGCAUCGCCGUCGACCGCCCCCGCAACCGCCUCCUGGCGGUCGUCCACUCCGUCGCCCCCCUCCCCCCCUUCAACGCCCUCGUCGCCUACGACCUCCGCUCCCCCCGACGGCGCCGCCUCUUCCUCUCCCUCCUCCCCCCCUCCCCCUCCGGCGAGGACGGCGCGAACGACGUGGCCGUCGACUUCGACGGCAACGCCUUCGUCACCAACUCCUUCGCGGACCUCAUCUGGAAGGUCAGCCCCGACGGGGCCGCCUCGAUCUUCUCCAGAUCCCCGGCGUUCACCUCCUUCCCCGUCGACCGCGACGCGCCGCACAGCUACUGCGGCCUCAACGGGAUCGCCCACGUCGGCAGGGGGCACCUCCUGGUGGUCCAGUCCAACACGGGGAAGAUGUACAGGGUCGACGCGGAGGACGGCGCGGCGAGGGCCGUGCUGCUCGACAGGGACCUGCCGCUGGCCGACGACGUGGCGGUCCGGAGGGACGGGGUGGUGCUGGUGGUGUCCAUGAACAAGCUGUGGUUCCUGAAGAGCGAGGACGGGUGGGGGGAGGGGGUGGUGUACGACGAGGCGGCGCUGGACGCGGAGAGGUUCCCGACGUCGGUGGCGGUGGGGGCGGAGGAGAGGGCGUACGUGCUGUACGGGCACGUGCUGGAGGCCAUGUCGGCGGCGGCGGCGGCGGCGGGGAGGGAGUGGUUCGGGAUCGAGGAGGUGAGGUCGGAGAGGGAGAGCCAGGACGAGAAGGUGUGGAUAUACGUGCUGCUGGGCCUGGGCUUGGCUUACUUCAUGUUCUGGAGGUUCCAGAUGAAGCAGCUCGUGACCCACCUCAACAAAAAGACCAAUUAGCCCCCGGUCCUCGCCCUUCUUUUUGAGCAAAUGUUGUUUCCUUUUUUUUUUUUUUUUUUUUUUGUGGUUUUUUGGUCUUUUUGAUCUUUGUUUGGCCUGGAUUGGCUGAUGAUUAGGUUUGGUUUUGUGGAGCAGUGAUUAGUGAAUUCAGAGCACGUUGGAUUUUGUUCAAA